CCAAUGAGUCUAACCUAGUUUAACCCUAUUUAAAUUUCAUUGUAUCAUAUUAAAUCCUUAUUACACCAACAACCACUGUUAUAUUCAGUUACCAGAUUCAGAUUCAUUUUCCCAGACUGUAAAACCUCUCUCCAACUCUUUCAUGGAACUUCUUCUGCUCAGCCUCUUCCUUACUGUGUUCUCUGCACUGUCAGUGUCUUCAACACAAACCAUAGUACAAGGAUUCCCAACCUUAACCCCCCAAACCUCCUUAUCAGUAGAAAAAGAAACAGACUUCUUAAUUUCCCCAAACAGAACAUUCUCUUCUGGGUUCUACAAGGUGGGCACAAACGCCUUCUGUUUCUCAAUCUGGUUCACCAAUUCCCUCAACAAAACCGUUGUCUGGAUGGCCAACCGAGACCGGCCCGUUAACGGAAAACAGUCACGGUUAACCCUCCAGAAAAGCGGCAACCUCGUAUUAACUGACGCCGGUGGCUCGGUCAUGUGGGCCACCAACACGUUCUCGCAAGGACAAGUGGAAGUCCGGCUUCUUGACACCGGGAAUUUAGUACUAGUGACAAACAAUGAUAAUGUGAUCUGGCAAAGUUUUGAUUAUCCUACAGACACCCUGCUCCCGACACAAUCGCUUGUCAGGAACACGACGUUGGUGUCUAUGAGGGGACGAGGUACGUACUUGUCCGGGUACUAUAACCUUAAAUUUGAUGAUAAUAAUAUACUGAACCUUAUCUAUAACGGUCCUAUGGAUUCAAGUAUUUAUUGGCCUAGCACGGUGCAAGAGACAGUGUUCUAUUUUGGCAGAACACCGUACAAUAGCUCCAGGGUGGCAUUUUUUAAUGAAAGAGGAAGUUUUAGAUCGAGUGAUGAUUUGAAGUUUAAUGCAUCGAAUUUUGGGGUUGGGCCUAAAAGGCGGUUAACGCUCGAUUAUGACGGGAUUUUGAGGCUGUAUAGCUUGGAUGGGGCGACCGGGCUUUGGGAGGUGACAUGGCAGCCCGGUGGUGUUGAUGCUUGCAGGGUUCAUGGACUGUGUUAUUGGGAAUGGAAUGCCUGCCUGAUUGAUUGCAAAUGCCAAGGUUUCGUGUAUUUGCUUGUUGGAAAAGGACAGUGCUUUCCCAAAAGGACUCUCUUGAGUGGAUUUCAAAUUAUUGAUCUUUCCAGGGUGGCUCAUGUAAAAGUUCCAAGAGAUAUAGCGAUCUCUCAGAAAGGGAAAGUACUAAAUACAAGUAGUGAUUUGAAUUGCUCGGCUGCAGAGGUGAUGGUGUCGAGUGGUGGUGGUUCUGGCAUUAGUGGUGGUGGAGAAAACACAAAGCGAAAUGGGUACAUGAAGUUACUAAUUUCAUUCGUGGGUUCGGUAGCAAUCAUUGAAAUGGUCUGCAUCGGCUUAGGUUGGUGGUUUGUGUGGCGAAAACAUGUCCAUGAGGAACUUGUGAACAUGGGUUACAUUGUGCUAGCAUUGGGCUUCAAACGGUUCACUUACACCGAGCUAAAAAGGGCAACUCUGAACUUCAAACAAAAGAUAGGAAAGGGGGGUUUUGGGACUGUCUACCGGGGAAUUUUGGACAACCAGAGAGUCGUGGCCGUGAAGAGAUUGGAAGGCAUUUUGCAAGGAGAUGCCGAGUUUUGGGCAGAGGUGAGCAUCAUAGGGAAGCUCAAUCACCGAAAUUUGGUGAAAAUGUGGGGCUUCUGCGCGGAAGGCGAGCACAAGCUAUUGGUUUAUGAGUACAUGGAAAAUGGGUCAUUGGACAAACUCUUGUUCACAGAUUCACCCAGUAGUGCCUUAGACUGGGAACAUAGAUACAACAUUGCUCUUGGGACAGCAAAAGGCUUGUCCUACAUACACGAGGAGUGCCUCGAGUGGGUACUCCAUUGUGAUGUAAAGCCUCAAAACAUACUACUAGAUGAUAACCUCGAACCCAAGGUGACAGAUUUUGGCAUGUCAAAGCUUUUUAGAGAAAGCCUUGACACGGGUUUUUCUAGGGUGCGCGGGACUAGAGGGUAUUUGGCUCCUGAAUGGAUGAAGAACGUAACAAUUGAUGCAAAAGCCGAUGUGUACAGCUAUGGGAUCGUCUUGUUGGAAUUGCUGACCGGAAAGAGGGCAUCUAGUUUCCAUUGGCAAGUAGGCGAAGAGAACGAGUACAAUCGGUUGGUACAAUUUGUGAGGCAAAAGAUUAAGCAAGACGUGCUUCUGGAAGUGAUUGAUCCAAGAUUGAACCAUGCUUGCAGUGAUGGGAAGCUCGAAACAUUGGUGAAAGUUGCGUUGAUGUGCGUUGGGGAAGAUCGCGAUACAAGGCCUGCCAUGAGUAAGGUUGUGGAGCUUCUGAGUGGAGAUGAUGAGAACAUAGAUGAUCAGGAGGGGGAUAAAUAGAUUAUAAGAGGUUGCUUGAUUGUUUGAAUUUACAGGUAUAAUUGUUUUCCCAAUUUUAUGUAUUUUCACAAUUAUAAUGUAUGUUAGUUACUUUCUGUUACCAUAGCAUAGCUUGAGAGUUUAAUCUACUCAAAAUGCAUUGAGGGGUUUUAUCAGUUUCUGGUAAAUGUUUAGUUACUCAUGCUCAAGUUUGGUAAAAAUAA